AUGCAAUCACUUUCAGAAUCAAAAAAAAGGAUUCAUGAACAAUCAUAUGCAUAAAAGGUAUCCCAUCCUAUAACUCCUGAUAAAUCUCAUAUAAAAUUGAAUGAAUCUUUAUUCAAUGCAAAAAUUGUUGCAAAGAAAUCUUGUUCAUUAAUUAAAGAUGUUCAAAAAGAUGUAUAAUUGACAAUUAAAAAAUAUGAUGAAUUCUUAAAACUUUCAAAUACUCCUAACAAAAUUCCUGAUUCAAUCACAAGUUCUCCAUCCAUAAUGAAACCACAUUAAAUAGAAGAAACAACAGAACAAAAAGAUGAUGAUUAAGCUCUUCUUAAUCAAUUUUAAAGAUAUACAUAUUCUCAAGAAUUAAGAAGACAAUCUCUACCAUUAGAACGAUCUGAAUUGAGAUUAUCAAGUUUUAAAGCUAAAGAAGAACUCUUUCCUGUAGAAGACAUAAGCCCAAUCAAAUAACAAAAUAAUAGUAAUUUUGUAUUUCGAAGGAAUUCCUCUUAAAUUAUGACUUCUCCUCCUCCUCGUAAAUAAUCUUAAUAGUCUAUUCUCACAGAUUAUUAAGGAAGUUAUGCUAAAAUUCAUUUACGUAAAUCUCCAACUGCUCCUAAAAUUGAGAUUAAACAAUAAGAGAAACCAUAAUCACCUCCAGAUAUUGCAAAACGUAAUUAGGAAUGGAAAUAAAGAUUAGAAGAAAAAAUAAAUUUUGAAUAAAAAAGAAAGAGUGAAAAAGAAAUGAAAGAUUGUACAUUUAAACCAAAAUUAAAUGAAACAAAAAUGAGUGAGAAAUCUAAAACAAAAAUUACAUAAAAAAAUAAAAAGUGUAUAAAUAAUUCUUAAACUCCUGAAGUUAAAGAAAUAAUGCAUAUCAUUGCAGACUUAAAUUAAUUUAGUAAAUAAUUAAAAAAGAGAUUGUGA